CAUCCCUGUGUCGCUGCGGGCGGGCAGUGCGGGGCAGGUGGGAGCCGGCGAAGAGCGGUGCUUGUACCUGAGAAAUCAUGUUCAACUUCAGAUGCAUCAAGAAGUUACUACAGUACCUGAAAUUUUUCAUUUAUUUAUUUAUUGAGAAUCUCUUCUGUAUAUGUCCUCUACAAAAAAAAUAUUUUGCUGCUGAAAUAGUUCUUAUUACUGGUUCUGCAAAUGGGAUUGGAAGGCAGAUUGCCUUAAAAUUUGCUCCUUUGGGAGUAACUUUGGUUCUUUGGGACAUUGAUGACGAAGGCAACAAAGAAACAUGCAGAUUAGCCCAAGAAAAUGGAGCUAACCGGGUGUUUGUCUACCACUGUGACUGCAGCAGUAGGGAGGAUGUCUAUGAAAAGGCAGACAAGGUUAAAAAAGAAGUUGGGGAUGUUACUAUUCUAAUUAAUAAUGUUGGCAGAGCACUUGGAAAGAAGUUCUGUGACAUUUCAGAUGCAGAUUUUGAAAAGACCUUAAGAAUCAACUUCUUCUCUCAAGUCUGGACUUGCAAGGCUUUUCUUCCGGCCAUGAUGGCCUGUAACCGUGGGCACCUGGUUAGCACCGCCAGUGCAAGCGGAUUACUGGGACUCUACAGACUGACAGAUUAUGCUGCAAGCAAGUAUGCAGUCGUUGGAAUGAUGGAAGCCAUAAAUUCAGAACUUUAUCAUGCAGGAAAACAUGGCAUUAAAACCACAAUCAUUUGUCCUUAUUUUGUUAAGACUAAAUUAAGUAGAGGUUUCCAAAGCGCAAAACCUUUUUUGCUUCCUGUUUAUGAUGCAGAGUAUGUAGCCAACAAGAUCUUGAAUGCAGUUAAAAAGGAAAAGUUUUAUCUAAUCAUGCCUCCAACUGUACGCUUAUUUGGUUUGAAAACUUUCAUUCCUAGAAAAGUGGUAUUAUUCUUCGAAUCAUACGUCAAGUUCGCUGAGAGCAUGGAUAAAGCCUUCGGUCAGAAGAAAAAGGACUGAAAUAAAAAUAUUCUGAAGACUUCAAGUGCCAUCUAAUUGAAUGUUCUCAGUAAAAAAAUAAUUUUAAAUCAUGUUUAUUCUCUGACAGAAAACUUACUUCUUGUGUGAUAUUUGACAUUGGUCAACAUGCAGUUUAAUUCUCCUUAACAGUCUUUUAUGUCUUUACGUCUUUAUGUUUGACAAUUUUCCAAGUAACCUUUGAAAAAUCAUUGAAAUUUAAAAUUAUAUAGGUAUUAUGUUAAGUGACCAAGCAAUAACUUGGCACAGAUUGUAUUGUCUUCAGACUGAAAUUUCAAUGAUGUAGCCUGAAAACACUGAUUUUUAGUCACAACUCAAUCUCUCAUUUCUUGAUGGCAUGCUGCUUUUAUCUGCAGUCUCAGUAAAAGUCAGUAAGACCAGGCAGGGAUGUUUGACUUCAUUUUGUAUUCUGAAUUCUCAAUUUCUGAGCAAAAUCUUAAAGCACAGGAAAAACACACUCCUGUUGAAGCAGAAAUCAAAACAAACAAACAAACAAACAAACCAAACCACAACCAAAAAAACCUAAACCACAAAACAUUUAAUGCUUUUCCCUUUUAGGGUCAAAACAGCACUGCAGUUCACACAAAGCCAACAUGAAGAAGGGUUGCUGUGGGAUGAUGGGCUCUGCCUGGUUAGCUGUGCAGGGAGCCUGUGUUUUGAAGAGGAGUGAACUGCGAGGCGAGCUGAUAAAGUGUGUGCGGUGCUGUGGCACUUACCACGCUCCUCCUCAUUAGUCAGUACACUUUGCUAAGCACUGUUCUGUGGGAUACAUGUGCCUGGGUCUUGACUCAUGGCUAGAGGCUGAUACUGGAUCAUUUAUCAAAGGCUGUAGCUUGGAAAGAGCGUAUGUAAACCUGUAACAGCAGCAAAGCAUCGUGUGCCUGCUCAGAGAGGAAAGAUGAUGAAGUCCCACAAUCAGAGGAAGUAGACAGGAAAGAAUUCCGUCCUAGAAAUCACUUAUGUGGUAAUUAGUUGUCUCUAUAAAUUUUGUCAAAGGUUCCAACAACAGAAUAGUUAGAGUUUACAAAUGUAGGCUCUGUGGUGAGCACCUGCUGUAGGCAGCUGUGUGUUGAGCACCAAUGAAGCCCACAGGCAUCUGGCUCCCUUCUCUGGCCCUAGAGGCUGCAAUGCAGCUUUGAAGCACCCUGCUGAGGCCAGAAAGUUCAAGGUGCUGUGUCCCAGGUUAGAUCCCUGAAGUCAGCAGCUGAAUCUGGACCUGUAAACUGGUCCACACAGUUCUUUUUAAUUCCGGUGACCUUACUUAAAUUACUUAGAAAAUAAUUGAUUCGAGAGUAUUGUGAGAAUCUGUGCAAGAAAUCUUUGUUUGGCAAUUUUCUGAGUAACUUUUGAAAAAUCAUUAAAAUACAAAAUUACAUAGGCAUUAUGUUAAGUGACCAAGCAACAGCUUUGCAUGGACUAUAUUGCGUUCAGUCUGAAACUUCAAUGAGGUAGCCUGAUUGUUAGCGUGGAACAUUAUUCUGUUGUAAAUCAUGGAAAAAAGAAUACAGACAAGAGGAAUACCUCGUGUAUUCUUGUAUAAUUCUGGGCUGGCUCUUCAGCAAAAUUUCUUCUUAUGUUUGGAGAGAAGUCACAGCCAUGUCCCUCAGCUGCCUUCAAGUGAAACUACAACCUAGAGAUAAUAAAGAACAAAAAACCCCCUCAAGAGCAGAAAUUCAGGGAUUAGUUGCACAAAAGCAUGUGCCGGUACUUAAUUGAUAGAAAUCAAUCCUCGUGUAAAUUUUCAGAAAAUGCUAGCAUAAAAUGUUCAUAAUUAAACUUAACUUAAAAAAUGAACAAAUAAACUGCAGAUAAGAAUAGUGAAUCUACAAAGCCUACUUUCUAAAAAUAAACUGUAAGGAAUUAGAGUAGAUUUUUAGAGACUAGGCUCUGUAGUCAUCUAUUGCCCACAUUUGCCACCAUAUUUCAAUUGUACUUAAGUAAGCCCAUACUUACAAGCUCCCUUCCAGCUAUAAAUGCUUAUAAGAAUGCACACUCCAAUGAAAAACCUAUUUUUUUAACACCAAAGUAUGCAUGCAUUCAGUAAAUUCGUUCACGUACCUGUAAAUAUUACAGGGGAAAUUUUAGCUGAGAGAAUGAGAAAGCUAUCUCGAGUUUGCCUCUUUGGAAAGCAAGGUUUAUUGACUUAUAUUUUUGAAAACUCUCUAGGUGAUGAGUAAUUGAAAAAUUAUUUUCUUCCAAACUAAUGAGACGAGAACAAAGUCUAAAUUGCACCCUGCGAAUAAUGAUCUUUUUCUAAAUUGCAAGCAGAUAUGUUGAGUAUUGGGAUUCCCUUAUUCCACAUGAAUGUUGCAAUUUGGCUCUAGAUCUAUGGUCAUUUUUAAGUAUGAUUACAGCAGACAAUGCAAACUGAUGUGACAUUAUAUUUGUGAAUGUAUUGUGGGCCUGAAUAUCUUCAUACGUAAGGCCAUUGCUGGUGUUGCAGAGCUUCAGAACAGGGCUCAUGAGGUGAAAAAAAUAUAUUUUUUAAUUAUUUGUAAAAUGAAACACACCUGUUAGUGACAUUAAUAUUUGGUGGACUAUCCAUCAUUUAAAAUCUGAUGGUUGAGGAUGAAAUAUCUGCAGUCAAAGAGCACAUUGUAAGGGCUCUCUUUUCAGGACUCUUUUGUUAUUUUCAGUUUCUUUAACUAAAGUAUAUGAACCUGAACCUUACCACCUACAUCUUCAGUAGUAUGUUUACCAACUAUAUAGACAGGACAUGAGUAGAUUAGGAAUAAUGUAAAGGAAAUAAUGUUCUAUUUUGUAAGCUAUAUUUCACCUAUUCUUUAUAGCUACACUGCAAAAACUUACUUUGUAUUGCUGCAACCUCAGCCAAGGGCACUCUUUGGCUCCACUUUUUUCAGGCUAAUCUGCUUUUCUCAAGAAGGAAUUUGUAAAGCUUAUACUUUCUAAGUCUCACAGUGAUCUGGUAGAUCUUCUUAUGAGCCCCAGAAAUCAGUAACUCAUUCAUUUCUAUGAAAACACAAGGAAAAUAAUUUUGAGUUUUGGGGUUGGUUGUGGGGUUUUUGUUGUUAUUGUUUUGGGGUUUUUUGUUUCUCUUUUUUGUACAGAGCAGAAGUGUGAUAGAUCCUGUAAUACAGCUCUAAAACUCUAAGCCAAGACCUUCCUAUUAAAGUUCGGGAGAUGCAAUCAGAUGCUGUUCCUGUUUUUCUAAUAUAAAAUUACCUUUCAUCUUUUGAAAGAAGCAUCUCAGAGUUAUCAACAACUCCUGCAAAACAUACCCUCUACUUCUUUGAAGCUUUCAUUUUAUUUGUAAUUCCUCUAAGCAAAAACAUUUUAACAAGAGAAAUUCUGUUACUAAUGAAGCUGCAAAUGAGACUGGAAGGCAGUUUAUCUUAAUUUUUUUCUCCUUUGGGAAUACUCUUCAUUCUCUGUGAAACUGAUGAAGAGACCUGUGUUGCUGUAUGAACAGUUAGUUAAUCUGUGAUGUCAGAUAAAAUACAGUUAUUUGCUCUUGUUUUAUGACCAUCGGUACAGCACACCUCUUCAGAGAAUUUUUUUCUUAUAGAGGAACUUGUAGUUCUGGGUGUCUUAUGAUGAACAUUAAUCAUAAUCAAGUUACAAGUAUUUUGAGAAAGAAACAUUUGAAUUAUGCUGGAUCACCUUGUAACCUAACAAAAAUCUUAGAUAAACCUUAGAGCAACUAUA